AUGGUAACCCUUACACUAACUUCAGUCAAGAAUCUUGCAUUUGGUAAGAAGGCAUAUCAGUCGACAACUUACCCAGGAGGAUACGCUAGCAAAGCUGUUGACGGAAAUACCAAUCAAGACUAUGAUAAGGGACGUUCCUGCACACACACAAACAAUCAGAAACACCCUAGCUGGGAGGUAGAUUUAGGCGAAAAUGCCUACAUACACCACGUGAGGAUCUUUAACAGAAAGGAUUGCUGUGGUGAGCGGCUGCGUGCUGUCGUGCUGUACAUUGGGAAGAAUAAAGAAAGUUACAAACAGUAUGAGAUUCACACAGGGAAAGUUGGUUCAUCAUACACCUUUUCGAUGCCUAAAGAUUCGCCCGUUGGACGGUGGGUUCGGCUGACAUUGCAUCUUACUGGGAUCUUGACUCUUUGUGAAGUUCAGGUGAUGGGAUAUUAUGCAGGAGCUUACUUUGACACAAAAGAAAACCAGGCUAUCCUGUCUGUCAUAGCUUCUAUGGAGACUAGGUCAGACAUACAAUGCGCAUAUUACUGCUCCAAAGACGACAUGUGUGAGGCAGCAAGCUAUACGAAGAAAACUAAGAGGUGUGAACUUUCGGAUACCAAGGCUACAAAAGAAGCUACUGGUACAUCGGCUUUGAUUCCAAGUGAUUAAAUGACGAAUUUGCAAAGCAUUCCGCGGGACCGAGGAAUCGCAGCAUUUACAUUACCCUGAAAGGAGUUUCUCAUAAUAACAUUUGUUUAAAACGGACAUGUCUAAUGAACACCAAACUAUAUAAUAUAUAUAUAUAUAGUUAUCCUCUAUAUAAGAACAUGAACAACAGUGACAUCUUUACAGAAGAGGAAGAACUUUAUUUUUACAAAAUUCUUGAAAACUGAGCGUAAUAGCGUUUUACAGUGAUAGCUGUCAUAAAGUACGUACGCUCGGCUGAUUUUAAAACUGAUAUGGUAUUUUCAUUAUCUGACUUCGAAAUUUCGAUUAUUUAUGCUUACUCACUUACCUUAAAAUUGGGAAUAUAAAUAGUAAAAGUUGUGAACAAAUUUAAUGUUAUCAUUUUGUGUGUAAUCUUAAUGCAUUGUCUUUUGUAUUUUGGUCUGCCCGAACGUGAUAAAUGCUGUAAUUUUAUUUACAUCACCCUUUCCAUAAAUAAGUAGUGAGUAGAUUGAGUACUUCUUUCUUUUCUUUUUGCAAUAUCUAAUAUUGAUCUUACAUGUGAUUCAAGUAUCCAAAUUUUCUUCCUUAAUACAUGUAAAUAACCUUUGAUAUUGAAUAUAGGGAUAUUACACACGUUUUUUGUGUUUUAGCAUCUCCAGAACCCCGAGGGAUUGGUUGUUGCCUGAGCCCGGUAGACUAAGUGUACCAACACACCCAGAGGAAUUCUGAAGAUGUUACAACACGAAAUGAACAUGCUCUAACGCUAUUCUAUAGCAUAAAAAGCGUAAAAGCUAAUAAAUGACUACAUUGUUUCUCAACGUCGUUAAACUUCCGUGAAAUGCGCGGGAAUGUCUGAUAGUUUUAUUCACGUUGACGUCAUUUCCAUUUGAAUUAUCCAUUUCGGGGACUUACACGUUUGCGCUUUGCCACGGAACGCGCUAAAUAAAAAAGUGUUUUAACAGCACGUGAGCGCGAGAGUCGCUCUGUUAACACACGUUUUCCGUCCCGAAAAGUGUCCAGAACAAUAGUUUUAUGCUAGAAUGUACGGAUAACGACACGACAACUAAAUGAGCCGCGCCACGAUAAAACCAACAUAGUGGCUUUGCGACCAGCAUGGAUCCUGGCCAGACUUCGCGGAUGCGCAAGCUGGUCUGGUUCCAUG